UCGACCUACAGUGUGUCGACACAGGCAGCUGUUACGCAGCAAAGCUUUACAGUUUUUGCUAUUUUAAUCAUAUUUUUUGAGUAGUUUAAGAAUCAAUGUCUCGAUUUAAUAAUAAUCGCGGCGGCAUGGGGAUGAAUCAUUUCCAGCCACGCAGAGGAGGAGGACCCGGCGGACCCAUACGGGGUGGGUUGAUGGGAAACCCAAAUUUCAGGAAUCAUCCUUUUCAGAACCAGAAUCAAAAUCAACAUCGCAGAGGGGGACAGAACAACUUCAAUAGACCGCCUCACCAGGGGCCUCAGACGACUCCCCAGAAGCCACAGAACCAGGGACUGCCCAUCAUUCCUCCGCCGGCUCCGGGCCCGGCGCUCACCAUGAAAGGCCCGAUGCAGCAGCAGCAGCAGAAGCCAGAGGAGCCGAAGACACCGGCGACACCGGCGACACCGACCACCCCCGCUACCCAGCCCAAGAUCCAGUCACCACCACCCAAACCAAACAUAACCUCUCCCCAGCCCAACCAGGAGAACAAGAACCAGAACCAGAACCAACAGAUCAAAUCACCGGCGGAAAACACCAAUGGACAGCAGCAGAAGCCACUUCCGAGCCCAAAGUCAGGGCCCCCACAAGGCCCCAAGUCAGGGCCCCCGCAAGGCAUGAAGCCGAGUCCGCAACAGAGCCCGAGGACGGGCCCCCCGCCAGGCCAGAGGUCAGGCCCGCACUCAGGCCAGAGGUCUGGCCCCCCACAAGGCCAAAGGUCGGGUCCACAGUUGACUCCCAACAGGCCCAAACAGGACCAGGCGGGAUCGGAUCGCAAGGCCUCAAACGACAACGCAGACGAGAGCCAUCCUAAGGAAUUCAGGGCGACUCUGUCCAUGUUGCUGAAACCCGGUGAGAAGACCUACACACAGCGGUGUCGCCUCUUCAUCGGUAACCUGCCCAACGACAUCACAGAGGACGAGUUCAGGAAGCUGUUCGCCAAAUAUGGAGAGCCAAGCGAGGUCUUCAUCAAUAAGAGCAAAGGCUUCGGGUUCAUCCGAUUGGAGUCCCGUGCACUCGCCGAAAUAGCUAAGGCAGAGUUAGACGACAUACCAAUGAAAGGAAGACCCCUGCGUGUCCGAUUCGCCACACACUCUGCAGCUCUGUCUGUGAAGAACCUGUCACCGUUUGUUUCCAAUGAGCUAUUGGAAGAAGCUUUCUCACAGUUUGGCAUGGUGGAAAGGGCCAUCGUCAUCGUUGAUGACCGCGGGCGCUCCACAGGCAAGGGUAUUGUGGAGUUUGCGUCCAAACCCGCUGCCAGAAAGGCCCUGGACCGUUGCAAUGAGGGCGUUUUCCUGCUCACAGCGUCACCCAGACCAGUUAUCGUAGAGCCUCUCGACCAGUUUGAUGAUGAGGAUGGUCUGCCAGAGAAACUGGCACAGAAGAACCCCAGAUAUCAAGCAGAGCGGGAAGAACCUCCUCGCUUUGCUCGUCCAGGCACGUUCGAAUUCGAGUACUCCAAGCGCUGGAAGUCCCUUGACGAAAUGGAGAAACAGCAGAGGGACCAGGUGGAGAAGAACAUGCGUGAAGCCCGUGAGAAGCUUGAAAGUGAGAUGGAGGACGCUUAUCACGAACACCAGGCCAACCUGCUCAGACAAGAUCUGUUGAGGCGACAGGAAGAACUGAGGCGGAUGGAGGAGUUGCACAGUCAGGAGAUGCAAAAGAGGAAGGAGAUGCAGAUAAGGCAAGAAGAAGAGCGUCGCAGGCGAGAGGAGGAGAUGCUUCGCAAGAGAGAGAUGGAAGAACAGAUGCGCCGCCAGCGUGAGGAGAACUACAGAAUGGGCAACUUCAUGGAUAGGGACAGGGAAAUGAGAAUGAAUUCUGGCGGAGCUUUGGGAAUGGGUGAUAUGCCCUUUGCAUCCAACCAGAAGUUCCCUAUGGGUGGACUGGGCUUUGAGGGACAGCCGGGAAUGGGACCAUCUGCAGGAGGCUUAAUGAACAACGAAAUGCGCAAUGAGCGCUUCGCCCAGGGUGGUCCUAGGGGAAUGGGUCCUGGUAACCCCGGGUACGGCAGGGUCCGCGAGGAGUUUGAUGGUCCUACUAAGAAACCCCGUUUUUAAACGCUUCCCUUUGAUGCUCUUAGCAGCACCAUUUGUAUAGAUUCUCCAAAACAAAUAUGUUGAGCUACAUUUCUUGUAUUUAAGUUUAAAAUGUUGCUACGUUUUAGCUUGACAAUUUUCUCUUUUUAUUACAAAGUCAAUAUUUUCAUUUAUUUUGUAUUGUCAGUAGUAUGAAAAAUAGGUCACAUUCGUGUGAUCAUUAGUUCUAUCUAACCCCUGUAUGAUUUACUUUUCUAGAUGUAUUAUGCUCUGUGAGUCGUCGUGAAGUGAUAACUGUAAAAUAUUUCUCUACUUUCUAUGGCUGUGUUUUGUGCCAUACAUUUGGAGUCAAAGCAUGUAUUAUAAUAAAGAGACAUUGGUUCUAUCAGGACAAACCAAACAUUUAUUCUUAAAAGUUGAAUUAUUGUUCAAAAACAAUCAAACUCAAAUUGGUGGUUCACACUAAUUAAAUACUGUGGAUAGAUUUGCCACAUUAGGUCUUAAAGGCUCUAUGUGUUAUCUCUGCCACAAUCCUGAUAUCUUUUAUUCAGCGUCAUAUAUAACAAAAUCUAAUAAACAAGGCAUUGCUCCACGUCAAGCUAUGCUUGCUGCUAAUGCCCCACCACGUGCUCCACUUCC